UGCAUUAAAAUUGCUAAAAGUUUAAAUUGACUCGUUUUAUAAACGAUAGUAAUUCAUAAUAAUAACAAUCCAUCAUGGAGGUUCUUAUAGACUGUUAUUUCGAUCGGUUAUUCGAGGGCAUGGAGAGGAGCAGUCUCGCGUCUCGACACCGUAGACGGCAACUGGUGAAGUUUUUUUCCGAUGUAAUUAAUAGCUGUGCAGAAGCGGAAGAGCUUGAUAAGGCCGACGUGUGCGAGCGCAUUGUGAGGGCGGCUCUGCGCUACCACACCAUUUCAAUGGCCGAGAACGGCCUGGUCUGUAUGCUCGGCAAAUUUCACAAUGUGCUGUACGUCGCGGCCAAACUGUGCUAUGACUGGAAGCUCGAAAAUAACGCCCUCGUGGCCAAAAUUCUGGACGACAUGUUCUACUGCGAGAAGACCUUCGAGCGGAUUUUCGUCGGGGCGAUUUUCGGCACGAGGGUCACGCACUUUCUCACGGGCUGGAAGAGCGAUUUCGACGAUAGGGACGAUAACAUCAAGGCUCUGAUUUAUUUCCUCGAUCACGCCGCCGACGCGAGGCUAGAGUUCUUUUGCCAAUCGAUAUCUUCGCAGAGGAGGUUCAUCGACGUGCCGAUGGAGUCGUACGGACAAGUGCUGCCCCUGAGAGUGGCCGUGCAGCACGGGGCACCGGACAUACUGCUGGUGAUGCUGCGCUACGGCGCCUCGACCGCCAUGGACGACAUCCCACCGGAGCCACUCGAGAUUCUGCUGGCUCGCCUGGACGAGUUCGAGGAGGCGAGCCAGUGUCCGGCCGCGCUGCUGCUCUGCCUGCGCAUACUGCUGCGCACCGUGCCAGUGGUCGAGCUCAAAGUGCCGGAACACCUCGUCGAGGGCUGUGGCAGCCCCAAGGUCCUCGUCUACGAGCAGUACCCGAAUCUCGAGCUGUGGGACGUCAUUCCGGCCGAGCGCUCGGGUCGCAAGCCGGCCGAGCUCAAACACUUGAGCAGGUGCCGCAUCAGGCAGUGUCUUUACGACAAUUACGCGCUGCCCCACGGAAUCAGGCAUCUACCGAUACCCACCAGAUUACAGGACUACGUCGAUCUUCUCGAAGACUGAUAAUGCUUUCGAGCGAGAGCCCGGAAAGUCGUUCGUGUACUUUGACUAUAUCGAUGCACAACUGAGACUUGUUUAAGGAAACAACCGCGUUCGAUUCUAAAUUUUUACACCGAAUAUAAUACGUAUAAAACAAAAAAAAUGUGAUACGACGUGCCAAAUAUAAGAUUGUAAAUAAAUGCUUUAUAAGGACGAAAUGAUAAUAGGAAAGCUAAUAA